GGUGAAUUGGAAGUUGGAAGGCGGAUGGCUGGUCGCCAAUCACUGUAGCUUUUACAACACUGAUGAGAGAUCUAGCGCGCGAAGGGACACGAGACCACUCCCUAAUUAUUAUUGACUAGGCCAUAGUCAACAACGCCGGCACACCGAGGGUUGUUUUCAGAUUCGUAUAUGGCCGGUAGGCUCCUCAUCGGACGUGGAAUUGACAGAAAACUUAAAUUAUGCUGCACAACAUCACCGCAGAAAAUUAUUCCUUUUGGGAUUUUAAGGGAGAAGUGGAUUACGUAGACAAAUGGUUUCUCAUGUCUACUCCAAUACCAGUCCUGUCAAUAUGGAUAGCAUACCUCGCGUUUGUUCUAAAAAUUGGACCAGAGUUCAUGAAAAAGCGACCUCCUUUCAGUUUGAAUAAUGUUCUCAUAUUAUACAACGUUUUUCAAAUUAUGUUCUCCUGCUUCGUUUUCUAUGUGGGCUAUGAUCUGCUGCAGCGAAAUGGUUUGUUUUUGCAAAGAAAAUGUUUAUCUGACAGUGAGGAUUUAAAACAUUAUACUGCAGUUGGAAUAUAUUAUUACUUUUUUGCAAAAUUGACGGAAUUGUUCGACACAGUUUUCUUUGUUCUAAGAAAGAAAGAUCGUCAAGUAACUUUUCUUCAUGUGUACCAUCAUUCAAUCACAUUACUGAGCAGCUGGGGAGCAUUGAAAUAUGAACCAUCUUACAGCACUAUAUUCCUCGGGACACUCAAUUCAUUUGUACAUAUAGUUAUGUAUACAUACUACGGACUAUCGGCAUUUCCCGAUCUCACUAAAUACUUAUGGUGGAAAAAGUAUAUAACAACUAUGCAACUGAUACAAUUUUUACUUAUUGUUCUUCAAGUUGUUGUUAAUUACAAAGUGUCUUCAUGUCGACCUUCUUAUGGUUUGCUUUUAACGAUGGUAUUGAAUGCCACAUUAUUCAUCUUUUUGUUUGGUGAUUUUUAUAUAAAGUCGUAUAAGAAUAAAAGUAAAAUAGAUAACUCAACAGGAACAAAAACCGAAAUCAGAGAAAAAUCCAAAAUUAAAUAUACUACUGUGAUAAACAAUUACAAAAAUAAGAACAAUUAAUAAAAUAAAA